AAAAAAUGCGCGGGAAAGCAGUAACAUAACCUCACUUUUGGUGUUUUUAUUCCUUGUCGUGGUUCCUGAGAAAAUGGAUUUUCCAAAGAGACGCCCAAGGACGGUGGAAAUUCAGCCUGAGAUGGAGAAUUUGGAGAAGCUCUACUUCACCAAUAUCUCCAUGUAUCGCCUACCUCCCAUGUCGGAGGUGAGUAUUCAGGAAUUUGAAGAAAUGGUGCUGGACAGAUUGCGUCUUCUGCGAAUCCUUGAGCACAGCACUCUCAAGGAAUUUAAACCCUACAGCAACGAAUGGCGAGAUUUCGUGUUGACAGAACUCAAUGUGGCUGGCCUCAAAGGAUAUGUACGCCUCAUUCAGGGUGCUUCUGGUCAGAAGGAAAGUGUCCUUCAGGCACGUCGUCGGGACUACAUAUCGCAUUUUCUCCUUCGUUUGGCCUACUGCCGUUCUCAGGAUCUGCGAAGGUGGUUUGUGACACGAGAGACCGAACUGUUCCGUCUCAAAUUUAUGCAUCUGAGUCCCGAUGGAGUCUCUGAGUUUCUCAAGGUUCACGAUCUGAAAUACAAUGAAAUGACUGCAAAGGAGAAGGACUACUUCAAAGCCUCAAUUGCCUCCUGCACCUUUUCCGGGAGUGUGGCUUCAGUUGAGAAUGGAAAAUAUUUCAAAGUACCCUUUGCCAGUGUACCAGAUCUCGUCACAACAGGUCGAUGCUAUUUGUACCGUGGUGUAGCAUUCGUCAGUGCCAAUGACAUUGUAUCCAUUGUCUCGACGGACUUUAAGAAGAUCUUGGAAGAUGGCUUGCAAGCCUUGACAAAGAUUAUCUCUGAAGUGGACAAUGACGAGAGGGUAUAUCAUAUCAUCAAGAACCUCCAUAAAUCCUACAUUGGACGAGACUAUGCCACAGGAGCUGCAGGAAGUGUUUCUCUCCACCAGAUCGAUGAUCUCUCGAAAAAAUCCUUCCCACUCUGCAUGAGAAUUAUGCAUGAGCACCUCAGAAGCACCCAUACGAUGAAACACGAUGGACGCUUGCAGUAUGGACUCUUCCUCAAAGCCAUCGGACUGUCACUGGAAGACGCUUUACGGUUCUGGCAGGAAGAAUUCACACGACUCAUUCCUGUAGAUGCCUUCCAGAAGAAAUACCGCUAUAACAUCCGAUACAACUACGGCAAGGAAGGCAAAUACAAAGACUUUAGCGCUUACGGAUGUCGCAAAAUCAUCGAUACUUUUCCAACUCCGCCACAAGUGCAUGGUUGUCCCUUCCGAAAUCUCAAAGAAGCUCGUCUGAGAGACAAACUCCUCGCCUAUGGGGUUUCUCGUGCACAUGCUGAAGAGAUCACAGGAAUAGCCAAGAUUGGAAAUUUCCAGGAAGCUUGCAAGCGCUACUUUGAAAUUUCCCAUGAUGUUCAGCUUGCCCUCAGCUUUACCCAUCCCAAUAAGUACUUUGAGGAGAGUCAGGUGGUCAUCAGAAAUCGCAAGAGGGACAAAUCCGAACCAGUGAAGAUAAAAACAGAAUCAGAAAGACUUCUAGAUGAUGAUGCCAAGUUAUGGGAAGAUCCGAGUAAUGAUCCUGAUGUUAAACUUCCAGAUCCGUUGAUGACACAAACACAGGAUCCUGCACAAAUUACCAUGGAUUGGGAAAAUGCUUUUUAAUAUUACACGUGUGCCUUUACAAAAAAAAAUAAUAAAUAAAUAUAUUCCUUUAUUUAAA